AUGAGCAACUAUACAACAGUGACUGAAUUUAUUCUCAUGGGAUUCAGGGAUCAUCCAGAACUACAGUGCCUGCUUCUUAUAGUGUUUCUAGUCAUCUAUACGAUCACUGUGUUUAGAAAUCUUGGCAUGAUCCUAUUGAUCAAGAUUGACUCAUAUCUCCACACUCCAAUGUACUUUAUCCUCAGGAAUUUGUCCCUUGUUGAUUUCUGUUAUUCUUCUGUCAUUGCCCCUAAUAUGCUAGUGAAUUUCUGGGUGAAGAACCCAGUCAUUUCAUUUAAUGAAUGUGCCACUCAAUUCUUUUUUGGUUCCUUUGCUGGCAUUGAGGGCUUCCUGUUGACCGUGAUGGCCUAUGACUGUUAUGUAGCCAUUUUCAAGACUCUUCUUUACACGGUUACUAUGUCCCCUGAUCUUAAUGUUCUUCUGGUGUUGGCCACAUAUCUUGCGGGCUUUCUGAAUGCUGCCAUUCACACUGGCUUCACCUUUCAGUUGUCUUUCUGAUGCUCAAAUGUCAUCAACCUUUUUUGUGACACUCCACCCCUCCUGAAACUCUCUUGUUCUGAUACACGUGUCAAUGAAGUUGUAAUUUUUGCUUAUGCCAGUUUUAAUGAACUGAGCUUCCUCCUGAUUAUUCUCAUUUCUUAUCUGUACAUCCUUGUUGCCAUCCUGAGGAUCCAUUCUGCCGAAGGGAGGCACAAAGCCUUCUCCACCUGCGCUUCCCACUUGAUGGUCGUCACUAUCUUCUUUGGCACAAUUCUAUUCAUGUAUCUGCACCCCAGCUCCAGCUACUCAAUGGACCAAGACAAAGUGGUAUCUGUGUUUUAUACAGUGGUUAUCCCCAUGUUAAAUCCUCUCAUCUAUAGUCUGAGAAACAAGGAGGUCAAACUUCCUUAG